AUGCGCCCCUCAAUGCGCCUCCCUCUACGGGAGGCAAACUUCAUCUGUUCCAGCUGCAGAAUUGGAGCCACCCCCCGUAUCUCGCCGAUCGGGCAAGUCCGCCGCUAUGCCUCCGACUCCUCCCCCGGAAUCCUCGAGCGCACUCGGCGCAAGAUUUGGGGCACCGACACACCCCCAGGCCUAGCAGACCCCUACUCUGGAAGUCAGAUCAUGCCUGGAUCUGAAGUGAGUCCCGAAAAGCCGGAGGCAGAGGAACCAUUCAGUCUUCAAGAGGGUCAAGCACCACCCGGAGAACUUGAGGAGAGCCUGACCUGGGUUGGAAUGCCCAAGAUUGGUUAUCUCCCGGAGAAAGAAUGGCGCCUUCAGGGCUCGAAAGGAAAAGCCGAUAAGGUCACGCCGGUAUAUGAAGGCUGCGCACCAAGCUGCCGUGGAGAUCGGCUUGAUGCAAAUGCUGGGGGGAAAGUCACCGUUGUUAGCCAAACCAGCUACAGCCGAGCGAUCCAAGACCAAUUGAAGUCGGUUAAGAUUGAAGGUCAGUCUGGUAACUGGGGUGACCGUCUCCGGUUCACCAGCAUCAAAACAAUGGAAGCCCUUCUGCGCGUUGCGGCAGGAGAUUUGACCGGCGAAGCCGAGAUCGCUUUCCAAAGGAAAUUGAAGAAGAUAGCUGGCAAUGCGGAAAAUCGCUUGUAUAACCGGGAAUCCAAGGCCCAGAUGCAGAACAGCCUUAGUACCCUGCCGCUGGCUGAUGGAAACCUCAAGUUUGUUUUCUUCGCCCGCCUCUCCAAAUUGAUGUCUCAGCACAUUCCUGACUACAUCGUUUCCUCUUCCACCACUACCGGAGAGGUCUUCCGCGCACAGGAGGUACUUCGCAAAAAGACCCUGAGAUUGACACCCGUGCUUCUCCAUGAGAUUAUGGACAAGAAUGGUGCCUCUGAAUUGUCUAACGUCAAGAUUCUUGACGUCCGCCAGACCCGCCAUGACAAUGAUGAAGAUCUUGGCCGCAAGAAGGCCAUUGUUUCUACGCUCUACAAGAAUGGUUUGAUCACCAAGAGCCUUGGUCAGAAACACCAACCGCCUUGGAAGCAAGCUAAGAAGACCGAGCUGAAUGCCUAG